CACAAGGUGGCGGGGGCCAUGGCUGAGGCGGGGAUGAGCUUGGAGAAGAUCUACGAGAAGGUUUUGGAGGUCACCAAAGCCAUGGGUACCUUGGGGCUCAGCCUCUCCUCCUGCAGCGUCCCGGGCUCCAAGCCCAACUUCCAGCUGGCUGAGGAUGAGAUGGAACUGGGCUUGGGCAUCCACGGCGAGGCGGGGGUGCGCAGGAUGAAGAUUCUCCCAGCAGAGGAGGCAGUGGAGACCAUGCUGGCACACAUGACCAACCCCUCCAACGCCUCCCGCCUGGCUCUCAGCCCUGGAGCUUCCGUGGUGUUGGUGGUGAACAACCUGGGGGGAUUGUCCUGCCUGGAGUUGGGAAUCGUGGCCGGAGCGGCCAUCCGGAGGUUGGAGAGCCGGGGGGUCCGCAUCUCCCGGGCCUUGGUGGGCUCCUUCAUGACAGCCCUGGAGAUGGCCGGGGUGUCCCUCACCCUCCUGCUGGUGGAUGAGGAGCUGGUGGGGCUGAUUGAUGCCCCAACCACUGCCAUGGCCUGGCCCAACCUGACCCCAGCCCCAGCCACCACCCAGAGACAGGAGGUGCCAGCACCCAAAGAAGGACCAGGGGGGACCCCCCAGCACGAGGCCACCACAGGGCCUGAGGGGGUGGUGGUGAAGAGGGUGCUGGAGAAGGUGUGCAGCACCCUGCUCAGCAUGCAGGACAAGCUCAACGAGUUGGACAGAGCUGCAGGGGAUGGGGACUGCGGGCACACGCACGCCCGGGCGGCCCGAGCCAUCCAGGACUGGAUGCGUGCCCGGCCCCCGCCAUCAGCUCCAGCUCACCUCCUGUCCUCCCUGGCUGACCUCCUGCUGGAGAAGAUGGGGGGUUCCUCUGGGGUGCUCUACGGGCUCUUCCUGACUGCAGCCGCACAGCCCCUGCUCACCCGCCGUGACCUCCCUGCCUGGGCUGAUGCCAUGGACGCUGGCAUCGAAGCCAUGCAACGGUACGGAGGAGCCGCGCCGGGAGACAGGACGAUGCUGGACUCGCUGUGGGCUGCAGCUCAGGCUCUGCAUUCCCUGCGUGCCCCCGGUGCGGAGCUGCUGCCCGUGCUGAGCAAGGCUGUCCAGAGUGCAGAGGCAGCAGCAGAGGCCACCAAGGACAUGGAAGCUGGGGCAGGCAGAGCAAGUUACAUCAGCUCAGGGAAACUCCUGCUCCCCGACCCCGGGGCGGUGGCAGCGGCCGCGGUGCUGAGGGCUCUGCUGGAGGGGCUGCAGGGCUGAGGGGGGGGACAAGGGGGACAUCUGGCACCCCAAAAUAAACCUUUGUGGUCCCCCUGUAAGCUCA